AUGGAACAGAAGAUGAAAAUAAUCACAAAAAUUCCGUUUCCAGGACUGGCAAAGGUCGAGGCAGGUUGGCCCGUUGCAACGAUGUUCAUCAGGUUCAACAGCAGAUCCACCCAUCCUUCAAGAGAGAUGAUUUGGAAAAGAGUCGACAAGGAACUGGAUAUUCCGUCAAAGUUGAGGGUCGGGUUCGAGUACGAUUUGGGUGACACAAUGUCCCAUUUGAACACCGUGUUGGUGUACUCCAUGGUACAUUCGGCCUUGGUAGACUCGCCAUCGGUACAAACAGCCAGUUUGCCAACAAAAAGGUGCAGUCCCCAGAUCGAAAAUGGUAGCAGAACACUCAUGGAGAUCAAAACGGCAGCAAGCAUCUUGCGCGCGCCAGAAAUGACAGCAUAG